UAAGCGAGGAACGAGACGCUUGUGACGAUCGUAUGAGAAUUGAAGGGCUUUAGGGUUUGCUUCGUUCGUUCUGAAGUUCUUGCACUGUCGCUAGUCUCGACACGAUCGAUAGCAGGAAGACGAAGCCCGAACGACAGUGUCACGAGGAAACGUCGACAGAUCGAGUUGGUGUUGUUUGCUCCGUGGCGUACGUAUCGGGGUCGAGGCGAGUUCACAGCUCCAGUGCGAGAGCACGGGGUUUUGUUCGACAGAUUUUUGCCUUGAGAGCUCGUCAUAAUGAGCAAGAGUUUGGGGAUUCCGGUGAAACUGUUGCACGAGGCCGAGGGUCACAUUGUCACUGUGGAGCUCAAGAGCGGUGAGCACUACCGGGGGUCUCUCAUUGAAUGCGAAGACAACUGGAAUUGCCAACUCGACAAUAUCACCUACACCGCCAAGGAUGGAAAAGUUUCGCAGCUUGAGCACGUGUUUAUCCGAGGGAGCAAAGUCAGGUUCAUGAUCAUCCCUGACAUGCUGAAAAAUGCUCCUAUGUUCAAGCGGUUGGAUGCCAAAAUCAAGGGCAAAGGUUCAACUGGACUUGGUGUUGGCCGUGGGCGAGCAGUUGCAAUGCGUGCUAAGGCUCGGUCAGCUGCUCGGGGUACAGCCCCUGCCCCUACUGGGAGAGGAGCAGCACCAGUGAGAAGAUGAUGUGUGCCGAAUCGCUUACCCAUCUUCAUCAUAUCUUAAUGACAGCGGGCACCACAGCUCCUCUCAUGUAAUUGUGAAUGUCUGCAACUGUUGUUCCCCAGUUAAGGUCAAAUGAAAUCUUUAGCUUGGGGUGCUAUCUUUUACUAUAUGCAAGCUCCAUAGAAUGCACAGUGAAGAAACUUGGCAAAUUGCUUGUGAGCACGUCUAAGAUUUUGACAGAGCAGGUCAUCGAUAGGAUCUUAGCUUUUUUGUACUCAAGGUGCUUUAAGACCACUUGAAAAGUGCACCUCUGUAGCUUGAGAGUUGAAAGGAACAUAGUCUUGCAGGAGUAGGUAGACUGGUAGAUCAUGUAUCCAUCUCGUUUUAACGCAUAAAUAGUGUCUGUACAUUGGAAUUUUGUAAGUCUGCCGAGCGUUUCACACUGCAUACUUUAUACUCUCGUUUUUGAGUACAUAAAUCUUGGC